UGCGUUUUUCUUUCUCACUGUACUGUUCAGCCUGGGAGUAUCUCAGACUGCCCCUUCCCCUAAUUUCGGGCUUUCCAAGUUUAUUUCUUCCACCAAGUGGGAAUCGCUUCUUCUGACCUCUUCCGCAGCAGACAAGUCAGUUUACUGCGCUCAAGACGGCGCGCACUCGUGGGCUGAAAAGAAACACCUAAUACACGUGUACAUCCUCCAGGGCUCAAAACCUGACUUUCGGUUGUUGGAUAUUCCGAAUCGCCUAAGGCAACUGUUCCCAGCUGAUUCGCUUGACCUGACUUCGAGAUAGAGGCGCCCCUGCAGGGGACCGGGUCUAUGUGCUGUGCCUUGCCGAAGGUCUGAUGCUUGCCCAACCCGCUCGCCUAGUCGGAAAGUCUACCAAGCCUCCGCGUUGGGCAAGCCAUGCGAAGCGAAAACAGUAGGUCGCAGACGAAGGCAUUCUCCACCAUUCGGCGACCUCCUUCUGGAUGAAUAAACGUCCUUUCCCUUGGAAAACUGCAGAUUGAUGAGGUCUAAAAAGGAAACUGGGACCGGUAAGUCCCAAGUGCCGGGGGCUCAUGUCGGACGAGUGCGGGCGGACUGCAGCCCUGGCGGCUGGAAGGACUCGGAAAAGUCCCGGAGAAGACGGACUGGUGAGCCCCGAGGGAGCUGGGGACGAGGACUCGUGCUCCUCCUCGGCCCCGCUGUCCCCUUCGUCCUCGCCCCAGUCCAUGGCCUCGGGCUCCGGCUGCCCCCCUGGCAAGUGUGUAUGCAACAGCUGCGGCCUGGAGAUCGUGGACAAAUACCUUCUCAAGGUGAAUGACUUGUGCUGGCAUGUCCGGUGUCUCUCCUGCAGUGUCUGCAGAACCUCCUUAGGAAGACACACCAGCUGUUAUAUUAAAGACAAAGACAUUUUCUGCAAACUCGAUUAUUUCAGAAGGUAUGGAGCUCGCUGCUCUCGAUGUGGGAGGCACAUCCAUUCUACUGACUGGGUCCGGAGAGCCAAGGGAAAUGUUUAUCACUUGGCGUGCUUUGCCUGCUUUUCUUGCAAAAGGCAACUUUCCACGGGAGAGGAGUUUGCAUUGGUGGAAGAGAAAGUCCUAUGCAGGGUGCAUUAUGACUGCAUGCUGGAUAAUUUAAAAAGAGAAGUGGAAAAUGGUAAUGGGAUUAGUGUGGAAGGUGCCCUCCUCACAGAACAAGAUGUCAAUCAUCCAAAACCAGCAAAAAGAGCUCGGACAAGCUUUACAGCAGAUCAACUCCAGGUCAUGCAAGCACAAUUUGCUCAGGACAACAACCCAGAUGCACAGACCCUCCAGAAACUGGCAGAGAGGACAGGCUUGAGCAGACGUGUGAUACAGGUGUGGUUUCAGAAUUGUAGAGCACGCCACAAGAAGCACGUGAGUCCCAAUCACUCUUCCUCAGCCCCAGUCACUGCAGUCCCGCCCUCCAGGCUGUCUCCACCCAUGUUAGAAGAAAUGGCCUAUUCUGCCUAUGUGCCCCAAGAUGGGACGAUGCUAACUGCGCUGCAUAGUUACAUGGAUGCUCAUUCACCAACAACUCUUGGACUCCAGCCUUUGUUACCCCAUUCAAUGACACAACUGCCAAUAAGUCAUACCUAAUUUCUUUUUUCAGGGAUAAAAAUGAUUAAGGAUAUAACUUGUCAUUUAUUAUGUAUAAAAUAUCAUUGAAAAGAUAUUAAUGUUAAUUUUUUUAUUUAACACCAAAAGCAUUUCCAACAUCACUUUGCUGCCCAGGUAUGUAUCUAUAGUUGGCCUGCAAGACACUUUUAUUCUUCAUUUUUUUUUUUUUUUGGUAAAACUUAUGUUUACAAGAAGAAAACAAAACAAAACAUGUUUUUUUGUAUUGUCUGGAAAUAGUUCACUCUAGUGUGUAUCUGUUAAUUUAUUUGUCAUCAAAAGAGCACUUUGCCUAAAAGAAAGGACUGACAAAUGUGCAAAAUGUUUACAAUCUUUUGUGAAAUUGUAGUAUAUCAUUAGUUUGUAUCUGUAAGUUAUUGUUAUAAAUAUUACCUGUAUUUUUUUUGUUAUAUACAACUUUAUACUUUGAAGCUUGUAUCUGUGAAUUUGCAACUGAAAUUAUUUUGCCAGUGUUUUCUGAAUGAAGGGAGUAAAGCUUCUGUUGCAGCAUGCCAGGCAAACACACUCUGGUGUCUGUGGUUGAUGAAUUAUGGCUGUAAAUAACACUAUAGUUUAAUAAGCCCACCAUUCUAAGUUUAUUAAACAUUUUCCAUUCUUGUGAAACUUUCAA